CGAAAGAAAGGAAGACGACUGUGGCUUUCAGAAUAAACUUAUUAGCCUCGUCUUGAUAGAGCAUCAAGACAGCCAACCGUGGGUGGCUUUUCCAGCUCGUGUGAGAGUGCUCGUCUGGCGGCUGCUUGUUGGAUCCGCCCAACGACGACAGCAUGACCAAUGCUCCUUUCCCCCCAUCCGGUGGAGCUCGAGGAGGAGCUCCUCCAACAUUAACAACCUCAUAUCCCAGUCCCAGCAUUUCCUCGAUCCCACGCCGUUCUUCCUACGCCUCGGUCCUGUCCGGGACCGCACUCUCUCCACAAAGCUCUAGCAACAGUCCCUUUUCGCACCUGUUUCCCUCUUCCGCCCACCACUCCACUUCAUCCUAUCUACCCCCCGCGCCCUUCCCACCCGACGGCCGCCAACAGACGCUCUCAUCCGCCGCCGUGGAUGCAGAUAUGCAGAUGAAUUCCGCCUGGAGGUCGACGCCAGGACCGGGCGAUUCGCUUCCUCUGUAUUCCCGCAAGUUCAACAGCUUCCCCCGCUACGAUACCUUCCUCCACGGCCCUGGCUCCAGCUACCCCGAAGCUUCCUCGUCCCCUCCCUUCUUCACCCCAUCAUACCUCCGCGACUCCCGAUACAUCUCCCGCCUUGAUGCCGCCCAUCGAGCAAAGCUCGCCGCCCAGCAUGACGCUGUCGCCUCUUCCUCUGCCGCUUCGAAUCCCCUCUCUGCUUCCUCGAGCCAUGUAAAUCUCCACCGCAUGGCCCCAUCCCACCGCGGAAUGACGUAUGAUAUCAUCGAAAGAGAACCCCCCAAAACCGACGACGAAAACCUCCAGCCCCUCCCGGCUCGAUGGAAUGAUGCGGAUAAGUAUUCCGGACUCGAGCUUACUGGUGGGGGUCUUGAGGUUCGGUAUACAGGCCCGAUCAAUAAGCAUGAUCAUGAAGCGGCCGCUGUCCGUGCUGAUAACCCCAUGCCGCCACAAUGUGGAAUCUACUAUUUUGAAAUUACCAUCCAUUCGAAACCGAAGGAGGGAAUGAUCGGAAUCGGAUUCUCUAGCAAUAAAGCGUCUGUGGAAAGACUUCCCGGGUGGGAGCAGGAAUCCUGGGCCUAUCACGGCGAUGAUGGCAAGUCAUUUUUUGGAGAAAGUCAAGGCCAAGGGCGACCGUAUGGUCCGACUUUUGGAGCGGGCGACACAGUGGGAUGUGGUGUGAACUUUUCUACGGGCUGUGCCUUUUUUACCAAGAAUGGUGAUUUCCUGGGUAUGGUGCUACUAUGGGAUAGCUUUCUACAAGCGGACGCUGACAAUAUCCAUCUAGGUAAUGCCUUCCGGGAACUGAGAAAUGUGAAGCUGUACCCAUCUGUGGGAAUGAAGAAGCAACCGCCUGUGCACCUGGCUGCGAACUUCGGGCAGCUGCCAUUCAUAUUCGACAUUGAUGGCAUGGUCAAGAAAGAAAAGUUUUCUAUCCAUUCAGAGAUCAACGCAACGAGCACGGCGAACUUACAACCACCGUUGGAUGAGAGUACACUGCUCCAGGAGCUGGUUGCACAGUUAUUGGCUCAUGAUGGCUAUGUAGAAACAGCCCGGGCCUUUGCCGGAGAAGUUGUUGCAGAAUCGGGAGCGCUGCAGAGUGAUCGUGAAAAGUCGCUCAAGAAAUACGAGGUGGAAGAGGACGUGGAAGCGAUUAAUCGACAGAAGAUUCGAGCGGCGAUUCUCGAUGGCGAUAUUGACAAAGCAUUGAAGUACACCAAUGCGUACUACGCGAAUGUUUUACACGAUUAUCCUCACAUCCACUUCAAACUACGAUGUCGCAAGUUUUUGGAGAUGAUACGACGAUGCAAUGAAGUGUCGCUGGCGGCACCAAAACGAGGCAAGACAUCCAACGGGCUGUCGGAUGGCGGUGCCGUGUUCGACCAGGAAAUGGAGCUGGACGAGCAGAUGCAGGAAGGAGAUGGCUGGGAGGCCGAUGGGAUGGAUACCGAGGAGCCUGAGACGAUGGCCCGAUUCUACGAGCUCCUGACCGAAGCUGUGCAGUAUGGACAACAACUGCGGAUAGACUAUCCGACAGACGAACGAGGCGGUAACAAAAAGAUGCUGGAUGGCAUCUUCUCGCUAGUAGCAUACUCUCAUCCGAAACGGUCGAUGCAUGGUCACUAUCUGGACACCAGAGGGCGGGCAAUUGUGGCAGAGGAGUUGAAUUCGGCCAUUUUAGUAUCUCUCGGCAAAUCGUCAUCGGCCGCAUUGGAGCGACUAUACCAACAGACGGAAGUACUGGUGAAUGAGAUUAGUGAGGAAGGCGGCGCUGGGGCGUUUAUCAAUGUGCGGAAUGAUUUCUUGAUUUGAUUUGACCACUGGAGCGUCUGAAUAUUUUUAAGUUACUCUAAGUGCAUUUGAAGACUGGGACUACUCGAUUCAUUAUUUUUCUCCAUUCUUCGUUUUCUAUCUCUUUUGUGCAAUUGCGCGAUGAGCCCCU